UAACUCCGAUAGAAUCAGUUACAAAAUGAAGCUCCUCGCCCUUACUUUGGUUGUUGUGGCCAUCUGUCUGUACUCGGUUGAUUGCGCUACUACGGACACCGACACAUCUUCCAGUGGUUCUGGCAGUGAUACUAGCAGUUCUAGCAACAGUGACGAAUCAUCAUCAUCAGAGGACACAACGACUACCACUACCACCACCACCACCACCACAGCCACCCCCGAGAAGGCCCAUCGCCACAAGGCCCAUCGCCACAGACGCCGCAUCAUCAGGAGAAUCAUCCGCAGGCGCGAAGGCGAGCGUAGACGUCGUGGUUAAGCAAGAAGAAAUUUGCUAAAUAAAUUGUUUUGAGCAAAGAAAACAGCUUUUGGAUUAUAUUAUUUCUCAUAUUGGAUGGCCAGA